AAAGAACCCAUUUUAGAGAGAGAGAGAGUAUAAAGGGGGCAGGGGUGGAGAGGAGUGGGGUGGGGGAAUCCCACAACAAGCAGAUCUGUAGACAAAGAUACUAAUGGAACAAUUCUAAACCCAGAAAAGAUAUCCUCUCCGAUACUUGCCCACCACCAUUCUUCCUUUCCUCGCUUACUUCUUCACCAGGAUACACACACAGCACUCUCUGUCCGCACUUGUUCCCCGCCCGCAGAAUCACUCUAACAAAAUCUUGCCUCUUACAUUGGCCUGUUUCUUCAGUGUGUUUAUACGCUACGAACACACACCGAGGAUUAGUUUGUGUGUGUUUGUGUUGUAUGGUUUGAAAGGAAGAGGGAAUAUUAAGAGAAAAUAAAAUGUUGGAAUUGAGGGAGGGGAGGAGGUGCUAUCCGGAGGCCGUGGUCGGAGUGAAUGUGGGUCUUGCUUUUGUUGAUGGUCUGAUUGCGUUUCUUGCUUUCUAUCAGGUAUUUUCACGCGCGGCAGUAGCUGCCAAAAUACCUCGGGGAAUGCUGCCAUAGCUGUUGUUAAAUGUUAGUUGCGAGGCAAUGGAUGUGCAAUCACGCCAUAAUGGCCAGUCUCGUUGAUGAGAAUUCAUUCAAGGAAUACACAGCUUGGAUGGACUCGUCAAAAGGUCUUCCAUCUGUUGAUUGGAUCAUCUAAUUUGGGUUAUUUCCUUUACUUUGUGUUGAAUCUUGUUGCUGCUUGCAAAGGUUGGACUUGUUGGUCUCAUUCCUGCGGUUUCAUGGUCAUGGCCUUCCCCAAAAUUCUGUUUGUUGCAGCAUUUCUUCUACUGUUGUCGUUUUGGGUUGACCUUUGCCAUGAGUCAAAUGACGAUGAUGAAGAUGAAGGAUGUAGCUACCAGGUAGCGCUGUUGGAGAAGCUGAAUCCAAAUGAUUCUAAUGUCAAUGAUCGCCGUAGAUGUUGCAGCUUUAGGUCGUUUCCUAUAGGAAGCCGUCAAAAAAUUGUGAUUCUGGUUACUGUGAUAGUUUUUGCAAUAACGGUAGCAUGUUCUGUGUUGAUGUGGGUUGGGAUGAGAAAGAGUCCUAUCAACCCUGCAAUUGUUGCUGAGGUAUAUGUAGAUCUUGUUGCCGUGAUCGUGCUUUUGCUGGGAGGAGCCUUGGCAUGCUAUGGAUUAAUAUUGUUCCUGAAAAUGAGAAAAGUGAGAUCCGAUCGGGCUUCAUCAGAAAUGCGGAAGGUUGCUGGUUUGGCCAUUGUCUCCGUUUUAAGUUUUGCAUCGAGUGCUUCAGUUGCAAUAGGCACAAAUAUACCCCUGUUUUAUCACUGGCAUGAACCAGAGAUAAGUGGUGUCUAUACCUCCCUUCUACUGGUUGUGUACUAUUUCCUAGGUUCAUCGGUGCCCUCAGCCCUUAUUCUAUUUGUGAUGAGAGAGUUGCCACCGCCACUCGUGAUUAAAAAGCAAGAACAAUCGAGAACAACAUUGGCCUUUAUAAGCGAUCGUUCAGCAGCAACCCAUGGACAGCGAUGGACUGCUGCAACAAGUGUGCAGAACCAGGUUUCAAGAGCUAGCCCCAUAUGAAAAACCGUCCAGUAUUAAUCUUAGAAAGGCGAGAAGAAAAGCUUGUGUUAGAAAGCAGUUAGGAGUGUAGCCGCAAGACUGCUUAUCCCCGCCCCUAUCUCAUAGCUACUGCUCCUGACUUGUAUAUAGUUAGCAAUAUUUUGCAAAUGGUACUGCUUGAAAGCUUUUCCUUAAUAUAUGAGAAUGAAUCUGUUAGCAA